AUGUCGACGUCCUCUCCCUCCGCACCCCAGCACGGCACCCUCGCCGACCUCCUCCCCUCCCACUUCACCACCCAAAUCACCGCCUGGCUGGCCGAAGACACGCCCUCGUUUGACUACGGCGGGUUCGUAGUGGGAUCCGAGCCGCGCAGUGCACAGCUUCUCUGCAAGUCGGCAGGUGUACUCGCCGGGGUGCCGUUCUUCGACGAGGUGUUCCGCCAACUCGACUGCGCCGUGGAGUGGCACUACGACGAAGGCACAUAUCUCGACCCGAAACAGGCGGGCGGGAAGAUCAAAGUCGCCACCGUCAAGGGACCUACCAGAAAACUCCUCCUGGGCGAAAGAGUCGCGUUGAACACACUGGCGCGGUGCAGCGGCGUGGCGACGCGGUCACAGAAAAUGCUCCAACUGGUGCGCGGCGCAGGUUACAAGGGCAUCUUGGCCGGCACGCGCAAGACCACGCCCGGGUUCCGGCUGGUCGAGAAGUACGGCAUGCUGGUGGGCGGGAUCGACGGCCACCGCCACGACCUGUCGAGCAUGAUCAUGCUCAAGGACAACCACAUCUGGGCGAAAGGGUCCAUCACCAACGCGGUGAAAGCCGCUCGUGCCGUGGGCGGGUUCGCGCUCAAGAUCGAGGUCGAGGUGCAGACCGAGGCAGAAGCGGACGAGGCCAUCGAAGCCGGUGCGGAUGUGGUCAUGCUCGACAACUUUGACGGCGCCGGUCUGAAGGUGGCGGCCAAGAACCUCAAGGAGAGAUGGAGGGCUAGGGGGAGGGCAGACGUGCUCCUGGAGAGCAGCGGCGGGUUGACCGAGGCCAAUGUUAAGGAAUACAUUAAUAAUGACAUCGACAUAAUAUCCACGAGCGCCGUCCACCAGGGCGUGCCGCAUAUAGACUUUUCGCUGAAAAUCGACCAUUGA